AUGUCGUCCCCGAACAACAACAUCAUCCCCUUCUCCGAGCCGGCCUGGCUUGCGGGCCUGCCCUCGCCGUACUACAAGGAGACGCACAAGCGGUUCCAGAAGGCGUGCCGGGCGUUCCUGGAGGAACACCUGCUGCCGUACGCGAUGGAGUGGGAGCGCGAGGAGACGGUGCCGGACCACCUGUUCCACACGUUCCGAAAACACAACAUGCUGAUCCCCAACCUGCCGGCGCCGCUGCCUGUCGAGUGGUUAACGAGGGUGGGCAUCUACGACAUCCUGGGCACCCCGAUCCAAGAGUGGGACUACCUGCACACGGGCAUCUACCUGGACGAGAUGGGACGGGCCGGCGUCUGUGGUCCGGGCGCCUCCAUGACAGCCGGUCACGCAUUUGGUAUCCCGCCCAUCAUCAAGUUCGGAAGCAAGGCUCUGCACGAGAAGUUCCUUCCCGAUCUACUUCCGGGCAAGAAACGAGCAUGUAUCGCCAUUACCGAACCUGGUGCUGGAAGUGACGUGGCGAACAUUGCUACGACGGCAGUGAAGAGCGCAGACGGAAAGCACUACAUUAUCAAUGGACAAAAGAAAUGGAUCACCAACGCGUUCUGGUCAGACUACGCCACAAUGGCUGUGCGCACGGGUGGUCCCGGCGCGUCAGGGCUGAGCAUGAUCGUGUGCCCGCUGAAAGGCUACCCAGGUGUGACAAUGCGUCGGCUCAAGGUGGCGGGCCAAAUCAGUGCCGGCACCACCUUCAUCGAGCUGGACGAUGUCAAAGUUCCCGUGGAGAACCUCAUUGGCGAGGAAGGCAUGGGCAUGCGCUACAUCAUGACCAACUUCAACCACGAGCGGCUGACGAUCGCGGUGGGCGUGACGAGACAGUCACGCGUGGCCUUGUCGGCGGCCUUUGAGUAUGUCAUGAAGCGCGAGGCGUUCGGCAAGGCCCUAAUCGAGCAACCCGUGGUGCGGCACCGGCUGGCCAAGGCGGGGGCCGAGCUGGAGACGAUGCAAGCGUGGGUCGAGCAGUUCCUCUACCAAAUGACGCAGCUCAGCAAGCCCGAGGCCGACGCCAAACUGGGCGGGCUGACGGCACUGGCCAAGGCCAAGGCCGGGAUGGUGUUCAACGAGUGCGCGCAGACGGCGGUGCUGCUUUUUGGAGGGAACGGGUUCACGCGCACGGGCCAGGGCGAGAUCGCAGAGCGCAUCUACCGCGAGGUCCCCGGCGCCAGGAUCCCUGGCGGCAGUGAGGAUGUCAUGUUGGAUUUGGCCAUCCGCCAGCUGGUCAAGAACUACCGAAAUGCGACCAAGGCGUUGGAGCGGCCGAGUGGGAGCAGUAAGCUGUAG